AUGCCGAGGGAAAAUAACGAAAAGAGAAGAAAGAAGAGAAAAUCAGCGAGGAAACUUUUUACUCAAACAAAUAAUCAAGAGGAAAACAACAUAAACUUAAAUCACAUUCAUUUUGAUAUAUCCACAACAACAACGAGUAAAACUCCUUAUAAACAAAAGUUGAGGCAAGACUUGAAGUUUAUCAUCACAUCUACGACGAGGCAAUGUCGUGGUAAUAAAGGAUGUAAAUUUGAGGGGUGGAUUAGCAGUCAUACUGAGUGGAAUAAAAAGGAAAAUCUUAUUUCAAUAUCUUACGUUGUCAGAGUCUUCGAAAAACAAAUUUCGAAACAAGCAGGAAAAAAUUAUUCACAAAUCUCGUCUAAUCAACAAUUUGAAGUAAUUGGCAUGGAAAAUUAUUUUGGAAGGCUUCAUAAAACAUGA